AUGCUCGUUACAAUUGCAUCUUUACGUGAUGGCAGCGGCCUCUGGGACAUCGAGACCAUUGAUGGCAAGAUCGCAUCCGUUACAGAGAACAGCUCCGGAACACCAGCUGGUAGCAAUAGCUACGAUGCCCAGGGACGUUUAGCUAUACCGCAGUUCUGUGAGAACCACAUUCAUCUGGACUACGCCAAUACGGCCGGCACACCGCGGGAUAACCAGUCCGGCACCCUUUUCGAGGCGAUCGAAACGUGGGCUGAGCAUCCCGAGCUUGUUGCUUUGAAAGCACUCUUGGAAGUGAAGCAGCUCGCUACGAUGUUAUCACAGACCGCCCAUAGUAGGUCAAACCCCAAGCAGUGUGCAUGA